AUGGAAACGCCGCUGAAGCGGCUUCCCACGGGACACCGUUCCGUCAAUAUCUUGGAUUUCGACACACAUCCUUGGAAAAUGCCUCCUGAGUUAGUGACGCACUACGGUGGUGAUCCUUUUCGCCGGGAAGUUGCCGACUCUUCUUUUGGGGAGACGGUGCUCUGUGCAGUGGAUUUCGGCAACGUUGGCGGUGGUUCUUCGGCGAUGGCGACUGCUUCCUCAGCUUCAACACCGACAGUUUCGCGCUCUACAACCUUGGAGGGUUCGGAGACAAAGAAGACCGCCAUCCACCUCGCCAAAGAACACUGGAAGCUGGAGCUGCAGAGAAAGACUGAUCAAGGCGAAUUGGAGCAUGUGGACAUGGAGAAGGGGAAGGAUGCUUAUGUUUUGACCCUGGGGAUGUACGUGCAUGGCAAGAACACGGGCAUCACGAACGAGACGAGUGAACAUGAAGAUCUGUGUCGCUACAUCAACUCAUGGGUCAAACGCCACGCACCCCCGAAAUUCGCCUGGACCUCCAUUGCAGUGAAUGUACAAACCGCAGCGAGAAUCCAUGUAGACAAGAACAACGAGUCCAGCUCGUCCACGAUGACCACCUCAUUUGGUCCUUUCACCAAAGGUGAACUGUGGCUCGAGAUGGGCGACGGAGACACUGCGGAAGAGUCCGAAAAGAUCGUCUGGAAGGACAAGCAUGGCUUCCGCACUCCUGGAUGCGAGACAUACUACAUCCAUGACGACAAUGAGGGUGAUGAGAUGGAAUCCGGUAGCCAGUGCAGUCAUGAUCUUGAAGAAGUUUUCGACAAUGUUGAGCGAAUGACAGGACAUGAAUGGUUCGGUCGCUCAGGCUCAAUGUUCAAACGGAUGAUCGCUCGACAGAUGGCAGCGGCGGAGGCGGCUGGCUUCACUCCCGAGAAGCGCAGCAGCAUCAGGAAGAUCGAUGCAGCAUGGAAGAGGAUGACAUUGGCACUGUGUCUGAUGCUCACAACGGCUCGCAAGCAGUUAGUGAUCGACCAUUUGACGAUCCACCGGGAGACCGACGAGCCAGAGGUGACGAGCGCGGACACCAAGAAGGACAGGAGCAUGAAGAAGAAGAGCAAUGUGGACAUCGUGCAGGGCAUCGGCGAGCAAUUGAGCAAGUCCAAAGUACACCGGGAAUAUCCGAUCAAAGUUCAAGCGUGCAAUCACCCGGCGGAUGCUCUGAGGUGCCGGGCAAAUCAAUGGAGCGCUUGGUGGACAUGCACGAGAUGUGGAGCGAGAUGGGACCGUCGGAAGGAGGACGCCACGAAUGCCACCACGACACCAAACAAGGUGGUCGAGAACGACGGGGCCCCGAAGCUCAAGAUCGGCCACAAGGAGUUUCCCAAGUACCUGCCGGCGCCAAGAGGACGACCAGAACAGGGGGCUCGGGAGCGAUGCGUCAAGUUCCACGAGCACGAGUACCACGACAGAGUUCCAGCCUGGGCUCAAUGCUUCUUCAGCUCCGGUGAACAAAGCGAAACCACGGAGACAACCAGCAGGACUACGACCGGCGCAACGCUCGAAGACACCGACACGGAGUUCCCUGCCGGAAGUGUACGAGAUGGCCCGAUCGGAAGAAGAGUGGAGCGAUGCCGAGAUGGUGGCAAGACCGGAAGAAAUCAACGAGGCCAGAGCAAGCGAAUCCUAGUUCAAGCAGAAGAACUUCGUCGGUGUCCACAACUCGCAGCGAAGAAGCUGGUGCAUCGACUGGUGGAGCGAGGUUGGAUGCUGAAGGCGAUCCUGGUGAUGAUAUCGUUGUCACAAAGUCCCGGACCGCCAAUGCCAUGGAUUCUCAGCGGCCCCAGUGAUGAGCUGGUUUGGUCGCAUGCAACAAACCAGUGGGAGUCUUCGGAGAAGAACGACUGCGCUACAACGACUUCUACUUCGGGGCAGGAAGAAGACUAUAAUAUGAAGUCCUCGGAGAAGGACUGCGCUACAGCGACUUCUACUUCGGGGCUGGGGUCUAUAUGGUGUUAUGUAUACCCACAGUCAAGCAUCCGUAGCGAGUGUCUCAGCGAUGCGACUGGCAAGAUUCAAUGUCUACAGCGAAAGGACAUCACUGAGAUCAAGGAGAGCGUCCAAGCAAAAUGGGAUGUAGCAGAAGUAUACUCUCCACCUCGGGUCACAAAAAGAGCACAGCGCAUGGGUUUGGCACCCGGAUUGGCCAUGGACUUCAGCACAGGCUGGGAUUUCAGUCUGCCGCUACACCGAAAGGAAGCGUUGAAGCUGAUUCAUCAACAUCGUCCUGGUCUCGUGAUGCUGAGCCCUCCGUGUGGACCAUUCUCGACUAUGAGGCGAUUGACCACAUUCAAGAGGGACCCGGCAGUGGUCAAGAAGGAGGUCCAGCAGGGAACGCAACAUGUGGAGUUCUCUGUGCGCAUUGCGGAGAUACAAAUGAAAGCGGGCCGAGGUUUCCUUUUCGAGCAUCCCCGAUAUGCGGACUCCUGGAAAGGGGAAAGCUUGGGACGACUUCGACAACAUCGGGAUGUGUUCUCAGUGAUGGUGGACAUGUGUCAAUUCGGCCUGAAAUCGAAGCAAGGAGAACCAGUGCUCAAGCCAACCAUCUUGCUGACCAACGUGAAAGAAAUCGCUGAACGCAUGGCCAAGACGUGUCCGAGACUACACGCGCAUGCUUCCCUGGAGGGGAAUCAAGCCACCCGCCAUGCCGCAAUCUACACCGACAUCUUCGUGGACGAAAUCCUUAAAGGACUGCGGCGACACCUACAAGUACGACAUUUUCCGGUGUUUGGAUGCUCCGACCAUUGGCAGAGGACGCCAACGGCCCUACUCUGUAGGCAUUUCCAAACUCGUCGUGCUCUAUGUGUACCGCAGGAGUGUGAGGUGUUCGAGGUGUCGGAGAUGAGUUUCACGGGACAUCGUCGCACGACACAGAUGCUUGUGGAUGGACAAACUCGCCAUCUACAGGACGAUUGGCGACAUGCAGCCGCGGUCGCUACAGCACAGCCGUGGACAGGUCUCACAGUUUUUGAGAUUGCGCCCGAGAUCAUAGUUCCCGGGUUCAUUUUGCAGGCGGCCCAAGAAUUUUCCAAAGCUGCCGCGCACGACAUGUAUCACUAUCAGCUGUCAGAGUCUUCCUUCCAAUCGGAAUGGUGGCUUCUUCAUCACAUUUCCGAUGCUGCCAUCCACGCGUUUCCUUCGCACAGAAUUUUGGAGGGACGUGACACCGGCAGAGCGUCUUCUUCGUCCAGAUUGCGAUCGCUGGAGGAGAUUCAGGGAGAGCGAGAUCGCGGUCCCGAACUACGAGAAGUGGUUCCACCGGAUGUGAGACGAGAGGUGUACCGCAUCCACCGCAAUUUGGGGCAUCCCAAUCUACAAACGUUCCUGAGAGCACUGCGGCACUCCGGAAUCAAGAGAUCAAUCUUGAGAUGGGUGAAAAGGGAGUUCCUGUGUCCAAUUUGUGAGGCCCGGAAACAGCCACAAAGCCAUCGACCCGCGCACCUUUCCAGAAGGCUGGAUUUCAACGAAGUUGUGGGCGUGGACCUCUUUUACGUGAAGAAGCAUGCCAUGCUGAACGUCCUUUGUUGGGGCACCAGCCUGCAGUGGGUUGAAGCGUUGUCGGACAAGUCGGCCGAGACGGUGACGAGGGCCUUCAUGAAGUCAUGGUGUGGACACUAUGGCGCGCCUAGGAUGCUGGUGGCGGAUCAGGGAGGCGAAUUCACUGGAGCCUUCUUUGUGCAGACCGUCAGCGACGCAGGCACUCUCAUCCACUACACCGACGUGAAGUCGCCUUGGCAAAACUCAAGGACCGAGAGGGCCGGGGGAAUAUUCAAACAGAAGUUGCAGACAACGAUCGACGAGGCCGGCAUUGUGGACGAGACGGAGCUGGACAUUGCCAUUGCGGAGACGUUGUGGACUAGAAACCAGUACUUCGACAGGUCCGGUUUCAGCCCGUUCCAGCGAGUUUUCGGAGCAACCCCUCGCAUCCCGAUGAAUUUGUUGAGCGACGACAUGAUCGACAGAGAGCUGCUACAAUCACCGCAGUCGGACAGUAUGCAGAGAACUUUGGUGAUACGAGAAGUAGCACGCAAAGCUUGGAUGCGACAACAAGAUGCCGAAGCUGUAUCACGAGCUUCAAGAGCCAACACGAGACGAGCCGAUGUCAAACCGGUGUGCACAGGAGACAUGGUCUAUGUCUGGAGGGCCACCUCAGAUUACACUGGCUGGAGUGGUCCCGGAAUGGUUGUUGCGGAGAGCUCGAACGGCAGAUCUCUGUGGAUAUCGCUGCGAGGCUACUUGAUCAAGGCUUCUCGAGAGCAAGUUCGGCUGGCAACGUCGGAGGAAAGGCUUGGCGCUGAAGUAGCAGCAGUGGUCGCUCCGCAGAUGUUGGAGAAGCUGGAAGCGGGGGUUCUGAGGCACUUCAACGACAUCGAGAAUGAAGGUGGACCCCUGGCAGAGCCUCAGGGCAUCGAGGAAAUGGACUACGAACCGUCGGUGACGUCUGAGAAAGAAAACGAAGCAGCCGCUUCCCCCCUUUCUUCAACUGUCGAUGACGUGGCCAUGGAAGAGUCUGCGAUUCCCAAGGAAAACAUCGCUCCAAGAGAGGAACUUCCCCAAGACGCGGAAGAAAGAGCAGAUACAUCAGGCGAAGGGGCCAGCACUCGAGAGCCACUCUCCAGUGUGCCAGAGGGUGGACCAACUCCAACCGCGUCAAGGAGAAGCAGCAUUCGAGUGGAUGAAGCAUCGAGUGGAAGCUUCCCUUUUGGACCGAUGCGACCAGAGCGGGGAGGACAUCGAGCUACCCCGAUGCCAUUUCCAUUCUCGAGCCCACCUGCGUCGUGGCCUCCGGCACACAGCGCCUCCAACUUUGUCGAGAUGGCGAACGAGGAGAAAGUCGAUCACGAUGGGGUGAAUCUCAAGUAUGACCGCCUCCGAAGCAAAUGGAUACCACGAGAAGCGGCGAAGAACCAGGAGACAUUUGAAGCAGUCGAUGCUCAAGCUUUGUACAGCCAUCGAGACCGAUUCUUCUACCUCACCAAGAAGAAGGAGAGCCCUGGGCAGGUUACCUUCACCAAGUUGAGCCACGAAGAGACGAAGAUCUUUCGAGCUUCGAGAGAGAAGGAGAUCAAAAUCGCUGCUGGAUUCCGGAGCGGUCACGAUUCUGAGUUUAUGGACCGGUACAAGCCGACGGAACAGUUUCAGGCGCUGCCCGACGACUUCGAUGCCAGAAAGAAGGACCCGAAGUUCAUGGAAAAGGUGGCUCCCAAAUCCAGAUGGUGCGUGGUAGGUUGGAAAGAUCCCCUCCUGCACUCCGUGGAACGCGCAGCGCCGACACCGCUUACCCAGAGCAUGUAUCUCUACAUGCAGCUGUGCGCCACUCGCAAAUGGUCAAGCAAGGUGAAGGAUGCCAAGACAGCCUUCUUGCAGGGCAAAGCAACCACGCGGAAGCAGAAGUUGGCGUGUCAGCAGCCAGCAGACAUGGUGUUCCCUGGGUGCUCGCCAGAACAACUGAUUCUGCUCAACGGUGAAGUGUAUGGGCUUGUCACCGGUCCUGCGUGGUGGCGGCGGUCCUUGCUCGAGAGAGUGAACGUCUACGACCGCUGUGUACUCACCCUGGAUGGGAAGAAGGAAGAGAACGAGGACGAGAACCGUACACAAGGCAUCAUAGUGAUCGAAGUGGAUGAUGUGCUGGAAGCUGGAGGGCCACGACACCAAGCCCUGAUGAAGAAGCUAGAAAGCAUCUUCACUUUCGGAAAAGUCGUGGAGCUUCAACAGCAUCCAGAAGGCGCCGCCUACGCUGGGAGAAGGGUGAUGCAGGACAAGAAAGAUUACUCCUUUUCCCACACGAUGGCUGAUUACAUCCUCAACAGAUUACCCUACGUGACAAUGUCCAGGAGAGUGGCCAAGAAAGACGCUGGGACGACGCCGUUGAGCCCAGAGGAAGAAGGACAACUCCGCGGAGCUAUCGCUUCAGUAAACUGGGUGGCCAGAGAAGGACGCCCAGAUGCGUCAGCAGCAGCCAGUAUACUGGCGAGAGCUUUUCCAUCCCCGAUGGUGUCCCACGUCUUAGCCGUCAACCAAGUGAUCGAGAGGCUCAAAACGAAUCACGUGGUGAUGAAGGUGCACUCCAUCCCCGAGGACCAGAUUCGGCACUUCGUGAUCAGCGACUCGGCGUUCGAUAAGAGCGGCAACGAGAAGAGUCAACACGGGUGGCUUCAGGGAGUCACAACCCCAGACUUGAACGCUGGUCGGGAAGCCCCAGUGAGCCUCAUAGCGUGGCGAUCUCGUAAGCUACGUCGGAAGGCGGCAAACACGUUGCUCUGCGAGUCAAUCGCCAUGUCAGCAGCCGUAGGAGCGCUCGAGAAGCAGGUGGCCAUGUGGCAAAGUUUUCGCCUGGCGCGAUUCGACCCUCGAAGCAUUGCCGUGGAUGAUGAGACAGCCCGAGGACUACGGGGAACUGCCACCGUGAUUGCGGAGGAUGCCCCAGAGUUCACGGAUCCAGCAGCUGUCGCUGUGGUAGACGCCAAAUCAUUGUUUGACUCGGCGGCUACAGAACAGGCCCAAGGAGAUGACGACAGAGCGGCGCUGGAAGUGGCAAUCAUCCAGGAAAGCAUGGCUAAGCUGAAGGGGCGCAUGAGGUGGAUACCUCAUAACUACAACCCUGCGGACGCGCUAACCAAGCUGCAAGGGGCUCACGAAGAACCACUUCAUCGAUUACUGAGCCGCAGCAGCUUUCGAAUUGAAGAAGAGAAGGAUGUGCUAGCCCGAGGCAAGCAGUCCGAAUGUAGAAUGAAGACAAAGCUGAGUAGUUCACAUGUCAAAGAUAAUUUUGGGGGCUGA